UAGGAAAAUGCCCAAAUAGUCCAAACACGUUACUGCACAAAGUGUGUAUUUUGCUCCCCGACACUCCAGUUUUUAGGCAACGUCUGAAAAGUGAACGUUGCAUGUAACCCGCAAACUAAAGGAGUAUAUAUAAGCAGAUUUGUGAUUGUACGAACCGUUAGAAUAUUUAUGUGAGGAUUUCCUCCCUAUUAUAACAUGAAUGCAUAGUGUCUAUACGGUAUGCGUGUCUAUCCGUUUGAGAAGUUUAGCAUUAAAGAGAAAGAGCAAAAAUAAUCUCAGAUCUCCAAAACUCGUUUUGAAGAGACGGAGUGCAUCUACUUCCUUUCACUCCUGGUAGGGCUGUUCAGUCCCCGAUGGGGGAGUAACGGAGAAGGGAAGGAAAACAAGACAGGACAGCUCUUAGGCUUAAGACGGGAGAAUGAAGAAAUCAAGAGAACAAAUAUUUUGCCUUGAUUGUGAGUCUCACCACAUCUGUCAUUUUAACUAACUUUUCAAACGAAAGCCCCUGCCAGUCAUCAUGGGAAACCGAGUCAUGCUCCUAUUGGCUACCCUCUGCAUGUGGGCGGUCCUUAUGGGAGAGGUCUCCGUCAAGGUGAUCAGGAGAAGAGGGUUGGGUGCUUAUGCUGCAGCCAAUGGAGAAAAGCUGGCAGUCAGCCAACGGGAUUCAGGUCUUGACAAGACGACACCUCUGCUGGCGAAGCUCAUGGGUUUCCUUCCACAUGAUCUUGGCGUUGAUACUAAGUUGGCUUCUCAUCCAAGAACAACUCAGAGCAACUCUGUGACUCCAGUGUCAGGUGGAAAAGAAAUCCAGACUCAUACAGAUAAGUCUAAAUCUGUUUCAAAAUGGGAGGGGAGGUUGGUUUGUAACCCUAAUUUAACCGUUGCCGUGUCCAUGGAUGUUGGAUCCAAUUUGAGCUCAAAAGAAACGAGGAACAACACAAAAAGUCCUGAGUUAAAAACCAAAGAAGAGAGAGUAGAGAAGAGCCAUGUGUUACAUCACAGAGUGGACCUUAGUCUUCUUUCCAAUAAAACCAGACUCAAGCCACUCAUUAAAUCGAGGCCGAAAGCAGAUCCAGAGGUUCAAACUGCAGCAGCUCAGGGAAGAGGAGUUUUGUUGAAUUCACCCAGAGUAUCAAACCUGACACAGACCCGCGGUCCUCAGAAACCUGGGCCGAAAGUGAACUCAGACCCGAUUUCAAUCACACAGCUACAGAAAGGGAGUGUUGAGGGUGUGGUCCCUUUUGGAAGGAGCAGGAAGCUAGAUCUGGUUGGUACAAAUCGCAGCCAAUUAGCAGCCAGCGUUUCUACAGGGAAAGCUCAAGAAAGACCUGCCUCUCUGGGUUUGCCCAGUGUGAGAGAUCAAACUGCACACCCACCUAGCCUAGUCGCGAAUCUCGAUAAGGGUGUCGAUAAGGGUGUCGCAGAGUGGCAUGACAAGCAUUUUACUGUUCGCACCACGCUAAUGGGCCAAAGCAGGGGGCUUCCUGAUACCGAGAGAAGCCCGUUUAUUGAAAACGUAGAUUCAAUUAUCCAAGAUGGCGAGUCCAACCUAUUCCAAAUGGGAACCACUCUUCAGUCAGGAUUAUCUUUGGAACCAAGAGCAGAGAAAUAUCUGAGUCAGAAAAGCAGCACCAGCGACGUUCACACAGACGGACAAGAAGCAGCCUCUUCUCCAAACCAAGGGGUACAACCAGACAUCAGCCACAUCCUAAAACUCCGACCGGAUCCCAUCCCAGACCAGUCCGUCCAUGGGGAGAAGGCAUACAGCGGGGUCACGUCCGAUUCUGGGCCAGGCGACGAUGAGGGGGGCUUGGUGUUCCAGGAGGCGGAGUCUGGGGCAAGGAGCCAGGAGGUGGAGGAGACCCGGUCACGGAGCAGACGUAGCUGGAUCUGGAAUCAGUUCUUUGUAAUCGAGGAGUACAGCGGCCCUGAACCCGUGCUCAUUGGACGACUGCACACGGACAUGGACAGGGGUGACGGCCGAACCAAAUACAUUCUGCGGGGGGAGGGCGCGGGAUCCGUGUUCGUGAUCGACGAGAAGACCGGGAACAUCCACGUCACCAAGCCACUGGACAGGGAGGAGAAGGAUGAGUACCGGCUCAUCGCCACGGCAACCGACCGCCAGACGGACCGCGCCCUAGAGCCCUCCUCCCAGUUCAUCAUCCGGGUGCAGGACAUCAACGACAACCCGCCCGUCUUUCAGGAUGGCCCCUACAGCGCCACCGUACCCGAGAUGGCCAACAUAGGUACGUCCAUAAUCCAGGUUACCGCGACGGACGCAGACGACCCCACCUACGGAAACAGCGCCAAGCUGGUGUAUACACUGACCCAGGGACAGCAGUAUUUUUCUGUGGACCCCCAAACCGGUAUCCUCCGUACAGCGGUGCCGGAUUUGGACCGGGAGAGGCAGGAUCAGUACCUGGUGGUUCUGCAGGCCAAGGACAUGGGCGGUCACCUGGGGGGUCUGUCCGGCACCACCACCAUCACCGUGCGGCUGAGCGACGUCAACGACAACCCGCCCCGCUUCACGCAGAGUAUAUGGGCAUUUUCGGUGUCUGAGCUAGCCAUCCCGGGCGCCGAAGUGGGCCGCAUCUCGGCAACAGAUGCCGACCUCGGGGACAAUGCCAAGCUAGAAUAUACCAUCUUAGAAGGAGAGACGGGGGACACCUUCAACAUCACCGGGCAGGACCAAGAGGCUGUGAUCCUCCUGAACAAGGCUGUGGACUACGAGAGCCGCAGCUCCUACUCCUUCUCUGUGGAGGUGCUAAACCCCACCGUGGAUCCUCGCUUCCUGCGGCGGGGGCCCUUCAAGGACCGGGCGUCGGUGAGAGUGGUGGUGCUGGAUGCCGACGAACCUCCACGCUUCUCUCGGGCCCGCUACCGCCUGGACGUGUCAGAGAACUGCCCGUCCUCUUGCACCGUGGGCCGGGUCAGCGCCGUGGACCCUGACACAGGGCUGAGCAGCAACAUCAGGUACUCCAUCGACCCCCAGUCGGACCCUGAGGCCCUGUUCCGCAUCGCCCCCGACAGUGGACUCAUCACCACGGCGAUGGAGCUGGACCGCGAGCACGAGCAGUGGCAUAACAUCACCAUCAUCGCCACGCAGAGAGACAGCCCCACCCAGGUAUCCAGGGUGGUAGUUGCCAUAGAGACCUUGGACGUGAACGACAACGCCCCCGAGUUGGACAGACAGUACACCACGGCUAUGUGUGACUCCGCUGCUGUGGGCCAGGUGGUUCAGGUGCUACGUGCGAUCGAUAAAGACAAAGGAGGGAACGACACCGCUGUUCACUUUAGCAUCGCUCCUGAGUCCAGCGCAGCCCUGAACUUUUCCGUCAGGGAGAGUGGCGGUCCCACUGCCAGCCUUGUGCUCCUCUCCCCACUGAUACCCCUGUCUCGCUCGGCAUCUUCCCCAUUCACACUGCAAGUGCCCCUGGUCCUGAAAGACAGUUUCUCGGGUCUGACCAGUACUGGGACAGUCACCGUGUCCAUUUGCCCUUGCCUGAGGGGGGGUGCUAGAGCUGGUGAGAAAGAAGGUCAAACAGAGGGUGAGUGGGAAAGAGAGACGGUGUGUCUACCAAUGGCGUCCUCCUCUUCAUCACCUGGACUCAGCACUGCCGCCCUGCUGGCCAUCCUUGCCUGCGUCGCUACACUACUGGCGGUCAGUGCGCUCUCGCUGUCCCUGCGCAGGCAGAAGCGUGACUCGCUGUCGCCCCUGGAGGAGGACGAUGUGCGAGAGAACAUCAUCACCUACGAUGACGAGGGCGGCGGAGAGGCCGACACGGCUGCCUUCGACAUCGCUGCACUGCAGAGCGCCCCCCACAGCUCGUGUCGGGGAUAUCGCACGCUGGACAGCAGGAACAUACGUUACACCCAGCAGGUCCAGGACAAUGCCCCAGGGUACCGCUGGACCUCGAAGGCGGGCCUGGAGUCGCAGUACCCCAGUGGUGCCGCCCCACUGUACGGACGCCUCUGCUACAGCAGCCACACGCUGCCCGCCCUGCGCCACUCCCGCAGCGUCUUCGAGACGGGUCUGGGCCUUGCUGAACUGCCGUGCCGCUACCCCGCCGGCCCGCUGGACCACUCCCUGGUCAUCCAGAACCAGGGCGCCAUGAGCGGCGCACAGGAUCGCGAGGCCGACGGCAAGGGCGGGGCAGGCGAGGGGGACCCCUGUGCCACCCAGCAGAACCGCAGCCAGAAUCUGGACUGGGUCCAGUCUGAAUCCCUCCCCACGGACCAGACUCUGGUUGUGACUCGGUCCGGCUUAUCGGCAGUGACCUCAAAGAGGCUGUCUGGUGCCUGGGCGUGUGACACAGGUGUGCUGACGGGCCAUCGCGCCAGGCAUGCCAGCCCGUCCCCGAAGCAGGUCGGCACCGGGCCCCCGGGCACCCCCGACUCCCUCGCCUCCACCCCCUCCAACGGAAAGGACUGCAGCGAUGGCUUAAGCCGCAGUUCUGGAAGCAUCCUGCAGGGGGAGCUGCACAGGGACUACCCCAGCAGUCUGGGCAAGGGUGGGCUGGAGACAGGAAACAGUUUUGUGGUGGCCAGGCCCCCGUUGGAAGGGAGCGUGCCUCUGGGCGGGACUGCUCCUGGGAUACUCCGGGAAGGGAUGGGAUACAUACCAAACUGGCGCAACAUGGCAGGCUACGUCCUUGGGAGGAGGGAUAUGAUACCCCAGCUGCUGCCAGUCCCAGGGCAAAACAGGGGCAUGGUGGGGCAGAUGGCUUACAGAGGUGGGUGGGGCACGGAGGUGGGUGUGGGAGGGUCCAGCUCCCUGGCGGUUAGGGUGGGCGAGUUCCUGAAGCUGCGCUUAGCUCAGGUGACCUUUGACCCCGGGCAGCCGCCCUAUGACUCGGUGCAAGUGUACGGUCUGGAGGGGGAGGGCUCCCAGGCUGGCUCGCUCAGCUCCCUGGAGAGCGAGGAGGAGGAGAAGGAGGCGGAACCCGACUGGGGCGGAGCUUUGGAGGCGUGGGGGCCUCCCUUCCAGAGGCUGGCUGAGCUCUUCCGGGAGAGGGAGCGAGAGAGGGAGGAAGAGAGGGAGCCGGAAGACGAAGAGCUGGGCAGGAAGGAGGAGGGAGAAAGGGGGCAGAAUGCUGGAGGUUCAAGGAGCGAGGGGCACUGAGAAAUGGGCAGAGAGGAGGGUGAGUGGUGGAGAAAUGAGAGAGAGAGCGAGGGAAUGAAGGACACAGAGAACAGCAAGGCACAAAAAUAAAGAGGUGGACUCGAGAAAGGGAAAUGGAGGAUGUGAUUGGUAUAAUUUAAAGCAAUAAGUGAUCAAAAGCCCUACAGAGAGAACACCAAACAUCCCCUAUUUACUGUUCAGAGCGGCAGCCAUAUGAGUGCUAUCCGCUCCCCUAUGCUUAUCAUUCCAAACCAACCCUCAAAUAUGCGGAUCCGGCAAAACAAAGCCCCAGGUCAGAGACGCGAGAGGCACUCGUGAGAGUUAGAGAGAGAAAAGAAGGCAGAAGGGGUAAACAAACGAGCAGAACAGACGGAGCUGUUCCUUCCACGCGUUCCGUUUCACAAAGGGGGUUAAUCAUGUAUCUGGCGGACAUUUUUGUAAGUGAAGGUUUCAUUUCAGAAUAUCGGUUUCUAUCCUAGAGCUUUACAGGUAGCCGCUCGAAUGAAUCAAACA